GAACAGCGGGGAAAAAACUCACCGAAGUCCAAAACAUCGUUAUAAUAUAUGCACAAACUCUACGAACUGUUUCGGCUGGGAAACAUGCGGACGACUUCAAGCGUCGGGGGCACAAUGAGGUUUUCCUCGAAGAGGGCGAAGAAGUUUAGCUCGCUCGGGAGCGCGGCGCUGGCUUUCCCGUUGUAAUCCGUAUGGAGUCCCUGCCUCAUAGCCUACGUCUUGUAUUUGAGCCUUUGAAUUGCGACUCCACCUUGUCCCUGUUUUUCCUCUUUGAUUGCUGGAGGUCGCAACUGGUCUGUUUGUAGGCUACACAUCCAUUUCCCAGUCUCCUUGCCAUGAUUAAAUGCAGUGGUUCACGCUUUCAGUUUUGCACGAAUGCUGCCAUCUAUCCAGGUCAUACAUAAAGUCGCUUGAAAUGUGCCUUUCGUCUAAUUAGGCAAGGAGUUCAAGGAUGGCUUUGUUUUGCAAUCCAAACUACUCUGCGCACGAAGCACUGAUGUAGCCUUUAUCAGAGGGUCUGAACUCCCGGUGUUCCUGACAAGUAAAUAAAGCGCAACUCUCUUAAAAUGGAUUUGCUGCGGAGAGCAGGGAGAGCCUGCAUUUGCGUGCGCAUUAGUUGUGACGUCGGGCAAACGAAUCACAAGACUGGAGGACCAGUAUUGAGCUGUGUUUCGGGUGUAUUUGUGUGUGACUGUGGAAACAUGUCGGCAAGGAUGGUGCACACCGGAGGACCCGUGUCAAUGAAAUCCACCAAAACUUAAAGAGCCAGUGCAAAUUGUGCAAUUUCACCCUAUAAAGAAUUGGACAAACGCCGGCGACCAGUUUUACGAUUGUAUUAUCGGUCUACUGACUCGUGCGUUUUAUUCAGUGGCAGAAUUAUCCAAAACGAAUGUUGGAAGAAUAGUCUCCAAAAGUAGACACGGGACGUCGAAAGUGGAGAGAAGGUCUCGGCAGGUAGAGACGGCCGCUCGCUCUUGGAAUGUUAUCCGUACUCUCCUAUGGCAGACUGGUUGCGAGGGCUGUCCUUGGCGGACUCUCUCAAACUGAUGGUCGGGACUACAGUCUGGUCACCGCUAGCUGCGGGUUUGGGAAAGACUUUCGUAAGGGGAUCUUGAAGAAAGGGAUGUGUUACGGGGAUGACGCUUGUUUCAUUGCCCGGCAUAGGUCCGCUGAUGUAUUGGGUGUGGCGGAUGGUGUAGGUGGAUGGAGGGACUACGGGGUGGACCCGUCCCAGUUCUCUGCCACCCUGAUGAGGACAUGUGAGCGACUGGUGAAGGAGGGCCGCUUCACCCCCAGCAGCCCUGUGGGCAUCCUCACCUCUGGCUACUAUGAGCUCCUACAAAACAAAGUACCCCUGCUUGGUAGCAGCACAGCAUGUAUUGUGGUCCUGGACCGAAGGAGCCACCAACUGCACACGUGUAAUCUAGGGGACUCUGGUUUCCUGGUGGUGCGAGGGGGAGAGGUGGUGCACCGCUCCGAUGAACAGCAGCACUACUUCAACACCCCUUUCCAGCUGUCCAUCGCCCCCCCAGGGGCAGAGGGAGUGGUACUCAGUGACAGCCCUGAGGCCGCUGAUAGCGCCUCCUUCGAUGUCCAGCUGGGUGACAUCAUCCUGACCGCCUCGGAUGGCCUCUUCGACAACAUGCCCGACUACAUGAUCCUGCAAGAGCUCAAAAAGCUCAAGAGCGCCAACUAUGACAGCAUCCAGCAGACGGCACAGAGCAUUGCAAAGCAAGCACACGAACUGGCCUAUGACCCCAACUACAUGUCCCCUUUCGCUCAGUUUGCCUGUGACAAUGGCCUGAAUGUAAGAGGGGGGAAGCCUGAUGACAUCACGGUGCUGCUGUCCAUUGUGGCAGAAUACACAGACUAAGUGUGUGUGAUGCUUAUUGGAUCCGUUUACUUCCCGCCAUUCAAGUCUUCCACCUGCCUCCUUCUCAAGUGCACUGGUUCCUGUCGGACGGACUGCAGCCCCCCCCCAUAUAUCCCCUCACUGACCUUCCUAUCUCACCACCACAACAUGGAACACAAACUCCUCACCACAGAAUGUAGCUCGAUCUGUAUUCUUCCAUUUUGUUUUGGUACUGUAUUAGUGAGAGGAGGCAGGCAGCUAAGACUUUCUCGUGUUAAUCGUGAUGCACACGGUGUAGAACAGCACACUGCUUUCUUCCCAUUCUCCCAUAUCUUAUUUCAAAACAUCACUUAAUUGGGACUGAGACCGAAGUGCAGUCCUGAAUGCAGGGGGUUGCUUUUGCGGGGAGGGACACGAUACGGGGAUAGAGUUGGGCUUGGUCACCCUGAAACAAGCAGUGGUAUUAUAAGUAAAGUAAGCCAUGGUUUGUGGUUGUUAGGGAGAUUUGAAUGUCUGUGUUGUAAAUGUCGUAGCUGCGUGAUGAUCUGUUCCAAGGCUUCUAUGUGUGUGGCUGGAUACUAAGACUGGGGAAUUGAGCGGGUUGUGUUGUUGUGGGUUUUAGAGAGGGUUGUGACUUGUAAUAAGAAAGGAUGUAGAUACAGUAUGAGUUUGGUGUUGUUGUCUUGGACUUGUAUGAAGGGGUAGCUGGCCAGUACCAUUUACUAGCGCCUCUAGCAGGGAUUUCUCCAGAGUGCCACCUAUAGGCUAGUCUGAAAUGUCACCACAUUGAGGUUACUGAAAAGUUCUGUCAGUGCACACAGCCGCAUGGAUUUGUAAAUAUUGUUUGUUGUGAAACAAGGCAGUGUGUCUUCACUUUGACGCUGAUAAGGAUGCAAAGGAUGAUCAUUUUUGCUUUGUGACAGAUGUGUACGAACGAGCAUUCGCAAUCUAUAAAGGUAAAUAUUCUCAAUCCCUCCCUUCCGUGGGCCGAAAGAACCACGACAUUGACAUGUUUGACCCGGUAGUAGUGUCAGAACUAUGACAGCAUGUCUGCGUGGCAUGUCUUUGUCGACGUGUGUGCGUGCGUGUGUGUGCACUAAGUGGGUGUAGGUUCUUGUUUGAAUGUCUUUGCUGUUGAUACGUGUUAACUUGCAAAGCUAAUGCUAGCAUCUGGGAAUGCUUUCAACCGUACCAAUAGGGCAGGUAUGAAUUAUAUAUAUAAAAAACAAAGAUUUAUUUUUAUAACUUUAAUGUUAUUAGUUUGAGAGCCAUGAUGUGACGGUUGAAAUGUGUCAUCCAACAUAUGGAUUCGUCGUGUGAUUCUUUUGUGACGCCUUAUAUAGCUCCAUGGAUGGUAAAUAUGAAUCAUACCAUCUUACUACUCAGUAGGAAUCAUACCAUCUUACUACUCAGUAGGAAUCAUAUGUGGUCUGUGGUGGGUGUCAUCUCUAAAAAAUAUUUUUUCUAGAUUUGUUCUGUCUCCCAAUAAUGAUUUACUUGCUGCUUUUAUUUUGUCAGUUCAAUGUGUUUGACUGUACAUUAUUUAUAUGAAUGGUGUGUGCGCCAUUUUGUUAUUUUUGAUCAUCCUGUACUGGUCUUGGCAUGCUGUUUGUUUUUCUGCAUAAUAGCAGAAUACACACACCUCUCUUCAUUGUUAGCCAGUGUUUGUUCUGUUAUGAUUAUGAAGCCAGUGCACCAAAGAGGAGUAUUCACUAUCUUUUCCCCAUUGAUUUCAUCUGGGUUUGGACUAAAACAUGCACCAAUACUGUAACAUAAAAUGUCUCUGUAUUUUCACAUUGAGAGCAUAUCUGUCAAUCUGUUUGACAGGUAAUCUGUCAUUUUGCUUGUGGGGAAUGAUGCCCAGUUGUAUUUUUGGUGCAAAACAGUCAGAAGACCACUAAGGUGUCUUUUUAUUUGUGCCUAAAAUGCAAUGUGACCAGAACAGGGGCUUGGUUGUAUUGGCAUCUAGUUCUAUGUGACAGGGAGUCUGUGAGCAACAAACUACAAUGCAGGCUUUUGAAUCCUUAAAGAAACCAAAGAAGGAGAGCCAAACUUCGCAAGCAUGACCAGGGUACAUUUUUUUUUUCUAAUCUAAAACCUGCAGUCAGGCUAACAUGGUGUAAUGGAGACCAAUUAAGUUGUCACUAUUUAUCAUCUUGCGUAUUUUUGCAUAAAAAUAAUUUGAAAGAACAUCACGCAACCAUACAGGAAAGAUCAAUGGGUACAAUUAAAUGUACGUUUGUGUACUAAAAUACUAUUUCAAUUUGGUUUAAUGGUUUAAUUUUCUGUAGCCUUUGACUUCAUUUCAUGAAUAUCGUCUGUCCUAUGCAUUCUGUAUUUGCAUGACAAGCGGUCUUUGUCCCAGCUAUUUGAACUACUGGAAUUUGCUUACCUGCUAAGGUGCCACUGUCGCUCACAGCUUGCCUCGCCUCCAAAUGUCUGAUCAACUCCCCUUAAUUUAAAGGUUGUCCUUCAAACACUUAAAACAUGCACCGACGUUCAUUGGUCAUUCUCAUAUUUCCAGUUUGCUCUUUCCGACAGUCUGUGGGGGUGCACUGUGUUAAUGAAUAAUUACCUGAUCUGAUUUUGAGGGAGUCAACGUCUAUGGUUUAAGGAGACACUGUGUUGAAGCAGGAAGGGCGAUGCAGGUUGAAGUGCUUUUUAUUGAUAAUGGUGAGCACCGAUUCCGCCUUAACAAAUAGAUGUAUCUUGUAUGUCGCUCAAUGUCAAUUAAGUCCCUCUAAUUCUGUCCACGCUCUUGACAGUUUUUCAAUGGUGCUUCUGCUGUCAAGACGAGGUCUGUGUGUUUUUCUCUAAGCAAUGUUUGUGGGUAUGAAAGCUACAUGUGUGUGCGCAGUGUAAUAAUGCAGGACUAGGUUCUGUAAAUGUGUUUUCAAAGUUGCAAAAAUAUUUAAAUAAAGAAUAUAGUAUUUAUACUAA